AUGUCCACACAACAUCGUAAUAACGACUCAUCAUUGAACAAUCUUUCUGAACCUGGUGCUAGUCAAUCAAGUACCAGUGGAACUACAGGUGGUUCUACAGGAGCUUUUGAUAGUGGCAAAGGAAAAGAAGGAUCGACUCCAAUAGGUACUUAUGACACCAGCUCAACUCACAAUACUCCUGGUGCCCAACAGAUUGACUCAUACAGCGGUGCUAUUCCAAAUACACAAACACAAAAAAACAAGAGUAGUCCCAAAUAA